CAAUUGUCUCGUCUUCUAUUUCAUUUUGAUGAAACCCAUAGUGUGUCUUUUCAUAAUAGUUCUUAAAUAUUUAUCACCGGCUAGUUUUUAUUUUUAAACUAAGAUACGAUAAUAAAAGAGAAACGGAGUAGCGACUAGCGAAAAUCUCCGCGCCGCGCUGGUGCGCUCGUGGUGAGAACCCGAUCGCACGUUGGCGCGAGCGGGCGGCGCAGAUUAUUCCCCAUUUUUUUCUAAUUGCGUUACAUGACAGUCGCGCCCGGCUGGCUUCGCCUGGCCGUGGCACCCCUCACCUCUCUCUCUCUCUCUCUCUCUCUCUCUCCCCUGUCCGCGGUCGCGUCGCCUUCCACCACCACCCCACCAGCCCACCCGCAUCCGCGUCGCUGCUGCUGCUGCCACCGUCGUGCGUCUCCGCGCCACGCGUGCGCGUACCCGUGGCGGAUCGCGCUGCAGCAGAGGCGAUCGGCGAGCGAUCCAGGGGAGGAGAUCGCUUGUCGGCGCCGCCGCUGCCGCCGCCGAUCGAGCCGCGACUCCUCCCGUUCGGUCCCCUCGCAGCUCCCGUCCGGGCCCGUCCCUCGAGGCAGGGCGGGGUGGCUCGAUCGCCCGCAGAUGAAACAUGGCUUCGACGUUAAACAUUGUAAUAGGUUCUCAUGUAUGGGUGGAAGAUAAAGAUUUGUCCUGGGUUGAUGGCGAGGUAUCCCGGAUUGAUGGUAAAAAAGCCCAUGUUCGCACAACCAAGGGGAAGACGGUCAUUGCAAAUAUAUCGGAUAUCCACCCUAAAGACACAGAAGCACCGCCUGAUGGGGUGGAUGACAUGACAAGGUUAUCAUACUUGCAUGAGCCUGGUGUUUUAGAUAACCUGGCUGUCAGAUAUGCGAAAAAUAUCAUUUAUACCUAUACUGGUAACAUUCUGAUUGCAAUAAAUCCAUUCCAAAGGCUACCUAAUCUGGUUGAUGCCCGUACUAUGGAAAAAUACAAAGGUGCAAAUCUUGGUGACCUAGAUCCUCAUGUAUUUGCAAUAGCUGACGUCUCUUACAGGAAACAGGCAAAUGAUAAAUGAAGGAAAGAGUAACUCCAUUUUGGUCAGUGGUGAAAGUGGUGCUGGUAAGACUGAAACUACGAAGUUGUUGAUGGGAUAUCUUGCAUAUCUGGGUGGGCGAUCUGGAACAGGAGAGAGGACAGUUGAACAGCAAGUAUUAGAAUCUAAUCCAGUUCUUGAAGCCUUUGGGAAUGCGAAAACUGUUCGGAACAACAACUCAAGUCGAUUUGGUAAAUUUGUUGAAAUCCAAUUUGACAAGAGCGGUAAGAUAUCUGGUGCUGCCAUUAGAACUUACUUGCUCGAGAGAUCUCGAGUUUGCCAAAUUAAUAGUCCAGAGAGGAACUACCAUUGCUUUUACUUCCUAUGUGCAGCACCAUCAGAGGAUCUCAAGAAGUAUAAGCUCGGGGACCCAUCGUUGUUUCACUAUCUCAACCAGUCAGCUUGUAUUAAAGUUGAUGGAAUCAAUGAUGCUGAAGAAUACCUUGCAACAAGAAAAGCAAUGGAUACUGUUGGCAUUACUGAUCAAGAACAGGAAGCUAUAUUCCGGGUUGUUGCUGCUGUGCUUCAUCUUGGAAACAUAAAUUUUACAAAAGGGAGAGAAGCAGAUUCAUCCAUAAUAAAGGAUGACAAAUCUAGAUUCCAUCUUAAUACAGCAGGAGAGCUCUUAAUGUGUGAUUGUGAGAAGUUGGAGAAUGCCUUGAUAAAGAGGGAAAUUAAUACACCAGAAGGAGUGAUUACCACAACAGUUGGUCCGAAUUCUGCUACUAUUAGCCGGGAUGGUUUAGCAAAGCAGAUAUACUCUCGAUUGUUUGACUGGCUUGUAAACAGAAUAAAUGCAUCGAUAGGACAAGACCCAAACUCUAACAAACUGAUUGGGGUACUUGAUAUAUAUGGUUUUGAAAGUUUUAAAACCAACAGUUUUGAACAACUGUGCAUCAAUUUUACCAAUGAAAAACUCCAGCAACAUUUUAAUCAGAAUGUCUUCAAAAUGGAACAAGAGGAAUACACAAGGGAGCAAAUUAAUUGGAGUUACAUAGAGUUUGUUGACAAUCAAGAUGUACUUGACCUGAUUGAAAGGAAACCAGGUGGCAUUAUUGCGCUUCUUGAUGAAGCCUGCAUGUUUCCAAAGUCCACACACGAGACAUUGUCUCAGAAGCUGUACGAAAAGUUCAAGAACCACAAAAGAUUUACCAAACCAAAGCUUUCUCGUACUGCAUUUACAAUUCAACAUUAUGCUGGAGAUGUAACAUAUCAAUCUGAUCAAUUCCUGGACAAGAACAAGGACUAUGUGGUAGCAGAGCAUCAGGAAUUACUUAAUGCUUCUAAGUGCUCUUUUGUAUCAGGGUUAUUUCCACAAGCAACAGAAGAGAACACAAAAUCAUCAAAAUCCUCAAUUGCAACUCGCUUUAAGAUACAACUUCAUGAACUCAUGGAGACUUUGAGCUCUACAGAGCCACAUUACAUAAGAUGUAUAAAACCAAAUAGUGUCCUUAAGCCUGGCAUUUUUGAGAAUACCAAUGUUCUGCAGCAGCUUCGAUGUUCUGGUGUUCUUGAAGCCAUUAGAAUCAGCUGUGCUGGUUAUCCCACAAGGAAACUAUUUCAUGAUUUUCUACAUCGUUUUCGUGUUCUUGCUCCUGAAAUUUUGAAAGAGAAAAAUGAUGAAAAAGUCUCCUGUCAAAAGGUUUUGGACAAAAUGGGACUACAGGGUUAUCAGAUAGGAAGAACUAAGGUAUUCCUGAGGGCUGGUCAAAUGGCUGAUCUGGAUGCCAGAAGAACAGAGAUGCGAAACAAUGCAGCAAAAGGCGUUCAGAGUCAAUUCCGUACUCAUGUUGCUCGUGAGCAGUUCCUAGUACUACGGGACACAUCUAUUUAUUUGCAAUCUUUCGUUAGAGCCAGAUUGGCAUGUAAGCAACAUGAAUUCCUGAGACAACAAGCAGCAGCUUUGAGAAUUCAGAAAAAUGCACGAUGGUAUUUUGCCUGGAAAACUUAUUACCAACUACGAUUGUCAGCCAUUACAUUGCAGGCCGGGCUAAGGUCCAUGGCAGCUCGUAAUGAGUUCACCUUUAGAAAGAAAAAUAAAGCUUCAGUCCAUAUCCAGUCCCAGUGGCGAUGCCACCGAGAUUACUCAAAUUAUAUGAAUUUGAAGAGAGCCGCACUAACAUAUCAGUGUGCUUGGCGAAGAAGGGUUGCUAGGAAGGAGCUGAGGAAGCUCAAACUGGCUGCAAGAGAUACACAGGCUCUAAAGGUGGCCAAAGAGAAACUUGAGGAACGUGUGGAAGAGCUAACAAGUCGCCUGGACCGCGAAAAGAAACUAAGGGCUGAUUUGGAGAAGUCUAAAGCAGAUGAAGUUUCCAAAUUGAAAGAAGCUCUUCAUGAGAUGGAGCAGCGAGUAGAAGAAGUGAAAGCGAUGCAGGAACAAGAAUCAGCAAAAAAGGCUGUUGAAGAAGCUCUAGCUCAAGAAAGAGAAAAGAUCAGUUUAUUGACUACUGAAAUUGAGGGCCUAAAGGUUCUGCUAGUAGCUGAACGAGAGGAGAAUGAUAAAAUGAAGAAAGCGCAUGCUAAUGCUCUGGAAACAAAUGAAGAGUUAAAUAAGGAAGUCAGUGAUGCAGAUGAAAAGAUCAAACAAUUUAGUGAUACUGUAAGAAGACUAGAAGGGACUGUAAGCGAACAUGAGGGCCUUUUGCUAACUGAAAGGCAACAAAAUGAAGCAGCUAAUGCUGCACUUGCUGAAUCUCAAGCGAGAAAUGAAGCACUGGUAAGCAAGCUUGAAGAUGCUGUGAAACAAAAUGAUCUCCUCCAUGAAGCUGACCAAAGAUUUCAAGAAGCUACAAAAAAUUUGGAAUCUUCACUGACAUUUGAGAAGCAACGACAUGAGGCAAAUUUGAUAGAAUUAGCUGAAGCACGAGAAAAGAUUGAAGAACUUCAAAGAGAAGUUGGGGACACUGAUGAAAAAUUCACCCUGCUUCAGACUAGUAUACAAAGCGUUGAAGAAAGGUUAAGAGAGAAGGAUGCUCUAUUGACAACAGAAAGACUAGAAAGUGAAGCAACUAAGAAAUCACUAAAUGAAUCUGAGGAUAGAAACCAGGACUUACUACUGAAAAUUGAAAUUGCUCAGAAAGACAUUGCUCACUUCCAAGAAACCGUCCGAAGACAUGAAGAAAAUAUGGCAGCACUGGAAACUUCGUUGAGAUCUGAAAGGCAGCAAAAUGAUGCAAUCAUGAAACAACUAGCUGAAUCUCAGGGGGAAAUAGGAGAGCUGCAAAGGAAGCUUGAAGAUGCUGAUGCCAGAAAUGGGCUUCUUCAAGAUUCUUUACAGAGACAUGAAGAAAAUAUGGCAGCACUGGAAACUUCGUUGAGAUCUGAAAGGCAGCAAAAUGAUGCAAUCAUGAAACAACUAGCUGAAUCUCAGGGGGAAAUAGGAGAGCUGCAAAGGAAGCUUGAAGAUGCUGAUGCCAGAAAUGGGCUUCUUCAAGAUUCUUUACAGAGACAUGAAGAAAAUAUGGCAGCACUGGAAACUUCGUUGAGAUCUGAAAGGCAGCAAAAUGAUGCAAUCAUGAAACAACUAGCUGAAUCUCAGGGGGAAAUAGGAGAGCUGCAAAGGAAGCUUGAAGAUGCUGAUGCCAGAAAUGGGCUUCUUCAAGAUUCUUUACAGAGACUUGAAGACGAUGCUACUACAAGAGAAGCUUUAAUGGAAACUGAAAGGAAAGAAACUGAAAUGACAAAAAAGACACUGACUGAAGCUCUGGAUCAAAUCGAGGAAUUAGUCAAAGAAGUUGAGUGUGCUAACCACAGUGUGCAUCAGCUUCAAGAUAGUAUGCAGAGAAUGGAGCAAACCGCAGUUGCAAGGGAAGCAACUUUACUAGCAGAACAUCAGGAAAAAGAUGCGACAUCAAAAGCAUUAGCAGAGGCACAAGGGAGGAUUGAAGGUUUACUGAAGGAAAUUUAUUCUGCUAAUAGAAAAAAUGAUCAACUUCAAAGUACUAUAGAAAGGUUAGAAGAGGGUGCAACAACGACAGAUGCUCUUUACUUAGCAGAAAGAAAAGGGCAUGAUCAAACGAAGAAAUCACUUUCUGAAGCUCAAGAAACAAACAAGGAGUUACUAAAAAAAAUUGAGAAAGCUGAGAAAAACAUAGAUCAGCUUCUGGAGAAUGUGGAAAGACUUGAAAAAGAUGCAAUUACAAGAGAGUCUUUACUGCUUACAACAAAGCAAAGCUAUGGUGACACCGCAAAAUUGCUGCUUGAAUCUCAAGAGAAAAACCAAGAGUUAGUGCACAAAGUAGAGGACUCAGAUAGCAAAAUUGUUCUGCUUGAAGAUUCAGUAAAAAGACUCGAAGAAAGUACUGCAGAUAAAGAUUCUUUAUUGGCUAUAGAAAGACAUGAAAACAGUGAAACCAAGAAAGAAUUAGUUGGUUCUCAGAAAAAGAUUGCGGAAUUGCUAACUGAAGUGCAAGAUACUCGUGCAAAUGUUGCAGAACUUGAGGACUUGAUUAGGAGACUCGAAGGAAAAUUGGCAAUAACUGAAGCUUUAUUGCUAACUGAAAAGGAACAGAAUGCUUCCACCUUAAAAUUACUUGCAGAAGCACAAUUGAGAAUCGAAGAAUUAAUAAAAAAACUUGAAGGUUCAGAUAGAAAAUCUGAUAGCCUUCAGGAUACAAUAACAAGACUUGAACAAGAUGUCACUGCCAAAGAGGCCUUAUUGCUUACAGAAAAGGAGGCACACGACGCAACAAGGAAGACUCUGACUGAAGCUCAGGAAGAGAGUGGAGAACUUCUGAAGAAAAUUCAUGAUAAUGAUAAACAUAUUCUUCAGCUUCAGUUUACUAUACAAAGGCUUGAGGAAACUACAGUUGCAAAUGAGAAUUUGCUGUUGAGGGAGAGGGAGCAGAAUGACAUAACAACAAAAGCGCACAAUGAAAGUCAAGAAAAAUAUGAAGAAUUACUAAGCAAAUUUGUUGAUGUUGACAGGAAAAUCGACCUUCUUCAAGGUACCAUAGAAAGGCUUGGAGAAAAUACAACAAAGGAUUCUCUGUUGCUAUCAGAGAGACAUGAAAAGGAUGCUAUUAAGAAAGCACUUACUGAGGCUCAAGAGAAAAAUGAAGAGUUACUGAUGAAAGUUGAAGAUGCUAAUGAAAAAAUAGAACAACUUCAAACUACGAUAGAUAUGCUUGAAGAUAAUGUAGCUGCAAAAGAUGUUUCUUUAGAAGCUGCAAUGAAGGAAAAUGAUGCAAUUAGGAGAUCUCUUACUGAAGCUCAAGAGAGAAAUGAUGAAUUACUCAAGAAAAUUAGUGACAGUGAAUACAGGAUCCAUUUACUUCAAGACACGAUACAAAAGCUUCAAGUAGAUGCAAUAUCAAGAUUGUCGUCUUUUGUAAUGGAAAAACAAGAAAGUGAUGCUUCAAAGAGAGCUGUUACUGAAGCUCAUGAAAGAAAUGAAGAUUUACUGAAGAGAAAUGAGGACCUCCUCAAGAGGAAUGAUGAUCUGAUUAAGAAAAUUGAAGACUCUAGUAAAAUUGUCACUCAACUUCAGGAAGCUCUACAAAGGCUUGAAGGAAAAGCAUGCAACUUAGAGGCUGAGAACCAAGUUCUUCGUCAACAAGCAACUUCAACUCCACCAACUUCAGCUAAAUCUCCAGCUUCACGUGCAAAGAUCUCAAGGAUCCAUAGAAGUCCAGAGAAUGGCCAUAAUUUGAAUGGUGACAUUAGGCAAACUGAAAUGAAGCCCUCCACUGGCACAUCAGAAGCAAUAACCUCAGCAGCUAAUGUUCCUGACUUGGGCGACCAAAAAGAUUUUGAACAUGGAGAAAAACUGCAAAGAAUACCAAAACAGAAAUAUCAGCCUUCUCAUCACCAGCAGCCCCAGGACGAUCAGCAGUGGCUACUCGCUUGUAUUCCACAACAUCUUGGAUUUUCUGGGAGCAAACCAGUUGCAGCUCUCCUUAUAUACCAAUGCCUUCUCCAUUGGAAAUCAUUUGAAGCCAUGAAGACAGGUGUCUUCGACAGCAUUUUGCAUGCUAUAAACUCAGCCACAGAGGCUCAAAAUGACAUGAGAACAUUGGCAUAUUGGUUGUCCAACUUAUCUACAUUAACAGUUCUCCUUCAACGAUCAUUCAAAACUACUAGGACGGCAAUCUCAACUCCACAAAGGAGAAGAUUUUCAUCGGAGAGGAUCUUUCAUGGAAAUCAAACUUCAAAUGCUGGGCUUGCUUAUCUCAGUGGUCAAUCAGUUGUUGGGUCUGCUGGACUGCCCCAAGUUGAAGCAAAAUAUCCUGCUUUGCUAUUCAAACAGCAGCUCGUGGAUCUAAUUGAAAAGGUUUAUGGCAUGAUAAGUGACAGCGUGAAGAAGGAGCUAAACCCUUUGCUUGAAUUGUGUAUACAGGAUCCACGAACUUCUCACUCGAGUAUCGCAAAAGGCAAUCUUAAUGGCAUGGGUCAACAGAACCAACUCACAUAUUGGCUGGGCAUAGUGAAAAUUCUCACUAGCUACUUGGAUGUACUGAGGGUAAAUCACGUUCCAUCAAUUCUGGUGCAUAAACUCUUCACUCAGAUAUUCUCAUUGAUUGAUGUUCAACUAUUUAACCGGUUACUUUUGCGGCGUGAGUGCUGUUCUUUUAGUAACGGGGAAUAUGUCAGAGCUGGACUAACUGAACUAAAACAUUGGUCCGACAAUGCUACAAGAGAGUUUGCAGGUUCAGCGUGGGAGGCAUUGAGGCAUAUUAGACAAGCUGUCGAUUUCCUGGUGAUUUCUCUUAAACCAAUGAGGACAUUAAGAGAGAUACACACUGAUGUGUGCCCUGCCCUCAGCAUACAACAGCUAGAGCGAAUAGUUAGUAUGUACUGGGAUGAUGUGAAUGGAACAAACACUAUUUCAGCAGAGUUUACAUCAAGCUUGAAAUCUGCGGUGCGUGAUGAAUCGAAUAUGGCCACAAGUUUUUCUAUAUUGCUAGAUGAUGAUUCCAGUAUACCUUUUUCACUUGAUGAUAUUACAAAGACACUGCCAGUCAUUGAGGUGGCUGAUGACGACUUUGUGCCUUUUGUCCAUGAAAACCCAAGCUUUGCGUUUUUAUUGCAAAGAGGGGAGUAGUCCAUUUUUCCUCACCAUGGUGACUUCACCCACCUGUGGAUAAGUCAGGAUUCCUGCCUAGGAUGUACAGUACGCGUGAUUCUUUUUGUACCAGGUAGCAAGGCAUUAAAGAUUAGAUGCUAGGUGAGCUUAUAGGAUUCUGGUUUUAUUGAUUUGUGUGUUGAUUGUCCAUUUGUAUUCAGGUUUUCCUUGCCAUUUUUUUUCUGUUUGUAGUUAUUUUUUUGGGCUUGUAUACUAGGGGCUAAGGGCAGAAGGCCCUGUCCUGUAAGCAAAGUAGCACAAGGUUUUGCUGUAGGUGGGAAAGCUGUACAUGUGUUGUAGGAGGGGGAGUAGCGGUUAUCCUGCUGGUCAGGGCUAAGAACGACAGUUGUUGAGAAGGCAACGGUUAUGCCGUUUUUCCUGGAUGA